CCCCUCACCUCAUAUCGCGUUUUUUCACUCUCCUCUACCUCACUUCACGUUGAACCUCUCUCAGCCUCUCUCUCAGAUCGCGAUUCCUUGACUCCUUCUCAGCGAUGGCGAACUCCAUGGCUUGAACCUCUCUCAGCGAUGGCGAACUCCAUGGCUUGAAGGUUUGUGAUUUGGAUCUGUUUGUUUUGGUUAGGAAUUAGGGCUCGAAUUUAUCUUGUUUUGGUAAAAUCGAGUGGUUUCCUGGGUUUGGUUUCUUCGAUUUCUUCCACUGUGCACGCUCUGCUUCAGAUCCAAACAAGAUCAGUAAUUUUGAGUAUCUAAUGCAAUUCAAUACACUGGCUGAGCCUAGUUAUAAUGAUAUAACGCAGUAUCCUGUUUUUCCCUGGAUUCUUUCUGAUUACAGUUCAGAGAGUUUGGAUCUUUCAAAUCCUUCUUCUUAUCGAGAUCUUUCAAAGCCUGUUGGUGCACUGAACCCUGAUCGUCUGAAAAAAUUUCAAGAGAGAUAUGCUAGCUUUGAUGAUCCAGUUAUCCCCAAAUUCCAUUAUGGAUCACACUACUCAAGUGCAGGAACAGUCUUAUAUUACCUUGUUAGAGUUGAACCUUUCACCACCCUUGCAAUCAAAUUACAAGGCGGAAAUUUUGAUCAUGCAGAUCGGAUGUUUUCUGAUAUUUCUGGUACUUGGAAUGGAGUUCUUGAGGAUAUGAGUAAUGUUCGUGAGCUAUUUUACCUCCCCGAAGUCCUCACUAAUGAAAAUUCAAUUGAUUUUGGUACAGCGCAGUUAGGAGGAAAACUUGAUACUGUAAGACUUCUAGCUUUGGCUGAGAAUCCAGUUGAUUUUGUGCACACGCAUAGGAUGGUUUUGGAGAGUGAGUAUGUAUCUGCUCAUUUACAUGAAUGGAUUGACCUCAUAUUUGGGUAGGUCUUUUUAAGACUUUUCAGUUUCUCGUCCUACUUUUGCUGUUUGCAGUAAAGUCGUGCACCUACUUCAAAGCUUCCUCUUGUUUAUUUUCACUUGUACACAAUAUUUUCAUGAGUGAUUCAUUGCCAUUAUGUUUAAUCGUUUCAUUUCAUUUUUCUUCACUAGCAAGCAAUGUUCCCUAACACUGUAUGCAUGUUACUUUAUUUUAAUGAACAUUCUAUGCAUGAAGGGUCUAUGAACAUGAUAUUGGCUAAUUGUGUAUUCCUUGGAUUUAUGAACUAUGUAAUCUGUUUCAUUCUUUCCAUGUGUGUAAGGGAAAGCAUACCUUUACCAGCUUAGGUUUUCAUAAUGUAAAUGAAAAUCUGAACUGGCAGUGUGUACCUGCAUUCAUAGAAUUUGCGUGUAGCUUAGCUGUGCAAAUUUUUAUUGUUUGAGUAUCUUGUGAA